AGAGAGAGAAUAGAGAACGUUUCAACUCCAUUUUUCCCGGCCAAAGCUAAACUAACUGUUUCGUUUUCGUUUCUGUCACUUCCCAUCUUUCUGGGACAAAGUCCGUUCCUUCUGAUCCCCAGAUUGUCGAUUUAGUUUGAGCAUCGAGAAGAAGAAGAAGAAGCUUAACAGAAGGAUCUCAAAUUCAAGGCCUGCUUAGCCUGAAUCUUUGUGCUUUAAAAAAAAAUAUUUUUGUUCAAAUUUUCCCUGAAAAUUAUAAUCUUUUGAGGGAGAAAAUGAGCGCUUCGAGAUUCGUAAAGUGUGUAACGGUUGGUGAUGGAGCUGUCGGAAAAACAUGUUUGUUGAUUUCUUACACAAGCAACACUUUCCCUACGGACUAUGUGCCCACCGUUUUCGAUAAUUUCAGUGCUAAUGUGGUGGUUAACGGAGCCACCGUUAAUCUUGGAUUGUGGGAUACUGCAGGGCAAGAGGAUUACAACAGACUAAGACCACUGAGCUAUCGUGGAGCAGAUGUUUUCAUCUUGGCCUUCUCUCUUAUCAGUAAAGCCAGUUAUGAAAACGUCUCCAAAAAGUGGAUCCCUGAGCUGAAACAUUACGCUCCUGGUGUCCCCAUCAUUCUCGUUGGAUCAAAGCUUGAUCUUCGAGAUGAUAAGCAGUUCUUCAUCGACCAUCCUGGUGCUGUCCCCAUUACUACUGCUCAGGGAGAGGAGCUGAGGAAGCUUAUAGAUGCACCUACUUACGUCGAAUGCAGUUCCAAAUCUCAAGAGAAUGUGAAAGCGGUGUUUGACGCAGCCAUACGAGUGGUCUUGCAACCUCCGAAGCAGAAGAAGAAGAAGAGCAAAGCGCAGAAGGCAUGCUCCAUCCUAUGAUGAUGAUGAUGAUGGUGAUGAUUGGGAAAGCUCUGUUUUUAUAUAUUUGUGGUUUUGGUAUGUUGAAAUUUCUAACAAUGCAUCAAUGAGUUAAUGGACAGACACCCAAGUUUGGUUUUGGUCUUUUGUUUUGUUCUUAUAAUUAAGUGGAGUUUAUUCGAAUUAAACAACUUUUGCUUCUGCAAUUAAUUAUGAACCAGUUUCAAUCCCCAA